AACAAAAGCAUAUUCCAUUACUUCUGCUGCACCCGAAAUUUCACGAUGAUGCAAGUUUUUAGAUUUUCUUAUUUUUAGAGGUGAAAGAUUCAAAACAGCUAUUUCUCAAGGUACCGCUCUGUUCUGCGAAAUCGAUGAAGGUUUGUUGACUAAUCAAUAAGUAAUGGAAAUGCCAACCAUCUUUCUAGUAAUGAUGCUUCCAUUUCUACCCGUGCAAACCAGCACAAGAACUCCUUCAUCGCGAAUUUUUAACGCCCAGCUGCUACGUUAACAGUUGACAUUCAACAAAUGAUUCACUUUGUGAUUCUCGUUAGUCGGCAAGGCAAGUUGAGAUUGACAAAAUGGUAUUCACCUUAUUCUCAGAAGGAAAGAACUAAGGUAAUCAGAGAGCUCAGUGGCAUAAUACUCAGUCGCGGCCCCAAGCUUUGUAACUUUGUGGAAUGGAGAGGACUAAAGGUUGUCUACAGAAGAUAUGCUGGCCUCUACUUUUGCAUGUGUGUUGACAUGGACGAUAACGAGCUGGAGGUUCUUGAUAUAAUUCAUCAUUAUGUUGAGAUUUUGGAUCGCUAUUUUGGUAGCGUCUGUGAGCUGGACUUGAUCUUCAAUUUCCAUAAGGCCUAUUAUUUGCUAGAUGAGCUUUUGCUAGCCGGUGAACUUCAGGAAUCAAGCAGGAAAACAGUUUUGCGGCUGAUAGAUGCACAGGAUUCGCUGGUGGAGAUUGCUAAAGAACAGGCCAGUUUAGUAGGCAACAUAAUUGCUCAGACGACCAAGUAGGAGUGCAUUGGCGAAGCAAGGAUUAGCUUCUUCACAUUCUGCUGGAUCCACGCUUGUCAUACUCGUAAAACAUCAAAUUUGGAGAUUAAUAAAUGCAUUUCUUUUUCUUUUUUCUCAUUUUUUUUUAAAUAUGUUUAAUUUCUCUUGAUUAUGAAAUGUGAGUAUUUGAUUAAAUAUUUUUACUGUUUGUAUCGUUUUUUUUUCUCUCUCAAUUAUAAA